AUGCCUGCAGCUUCAAAGCUUGCCUUUUUGGGCGUUGCCGCCAUCGCUGCGUCACUCGUGAAUGCCGGCCCCUGCGACCUUUAUGCGGCUGGUGGCACCCCCUGUGUCGCCGCGCACAGCACCACCCGAGCUCUGUUCAGCCACUACUCUGGGUCACUCUAUCAAAUCAAGCGCGGAUCUGACAGCGCGAGGAGAGACGUUCGUCCAUUGUCCGCCGGCGGUGUGGCCGAUGGCGGAAGUCAGGAUGAGUUCUGUGCUGGCACCACCUGUCUUAUUACCAUCAUCUACGAUCAGUCUGGUCAUGGUAAUGAUCUGACCCAGGCCCCGCCUGGCGGCGCGGCUCGGGGGCCAGAACCCGGUGGCUACGACUACCUCGCCAGCGCCAUUGGCGCACCCGUCACCCUCAACGGCCACAAGGCGUACGGCGUGUUCAUCUCUCCCUUCACCGGUUAUCGCAAUGACCAGCCUAACGGCACCGCGACGGGGGAUGCCCCCGAGGGCAUGUACGCCGUUUUUGACGGCACCCACUAUAACACAGCCUGCUGCUUUGACUAUGGUAAUGCAGAGAGAGAUAACACCGACCCUAACAAUGGUGCUAUGGAGGCUAUCUACUUUGGAACUGGAGAUGGCUCUGGUCGUGGCACUGGCUCUGGCAGCGGGCCCUGGAUCAUGGCCGAUCUGGAGAACGGCCUGUUUUCCGGAAAAGAUCAUAUCAACAACCCCGCCGACCCUACCAUCAACUCGCGCUUCGUUACUGCUAUUGUCAAGGGUGAGCCUAACCACUGGGCGAUUCGUGGAGGCGACGGUACGCAGGGCUCCCUCUCUACCUUUUACAACGGUCAACGCCCGGAUGGCGGAUACUCCCCUAUGGACAAAAAGGGCGCUGUUCUACUUGGUGUAGGUGGUGACAACAGCAACGGGGCUCAGGGCACAUUUUAUGAAGGUGUCAUGACCACUGGCUACCCAAGCGAUGACACCGAGAAUAAGGUUCAGGCCGAUAUUGUCGCCGCCAAGUAUGCCCCCGCAACGCUGAACAGUGGCCCUGCACUUCAUGUUGGAUCGCCAGUUUCUCUCCGCGUCACCACACCCUGUUGCUCCGACCGCUAUAUUGCCCAUGAUGGUGCCACUGUCGACACAGAAGUGGUCAACUCUUCUAGCGAUGGUGGCCUUAAGCAACGCGCUAGCUGGCACGUUCGAACGGGCCUCGGCAACAGUGGAUGCUACUCUUUCGAGUCUGUUGACUCCCCUGGACACUUUAUCCGUCAUUCCAACUACCAGCUUAUGCUUGAUCAAAACGACAACUCAAAGAUCUUUCACGAGGACGCCACUUUCUGCUCACAAGCUGGCCUCAACGGCCAAGGUAACUCAAUUCGCUCCUGGAGCUAUCCUACUCGCUACUGGCGCCACUACCAAUCCGUCGGCUACAUUGCCAGCAACGGCGGACCUCACGACUUUGAUAACCCGAACGUGUUUAAUGACGACGUCAGCUUCAUCGUUUCUACGGGCUUUGCUUAA